AUGGAAGAAGAUAUCCUUCCGCAAGUGGAAAAGUUGAAGCGUGAUCGCAGUAAUUUCCUUGAAUAUCAAAAGAUUGGUCGUGAACUGGAAGCUUUGCAAAGGAAACUGAUUGCUUUUGAUUUUAUGAGCUCACAGGCCCACAGUCAUAGCUUACAAGAUGAUAUAGCAAACGUGAAAAAUCAAAUUCGCGACGUGGAUAAGGCAAUCUACGACACAAAAGAGGAGCUAAGUCGCAAAGAGAUUCGACUUAAAGAACUCGAAGAUAAGAAGAAAAACAAAAGCGGCCGUGAAAAGGACGAAAUCGAGAAACGAAUUAAGGAAACGAUGGCAGCUUUGACAGCUGCGGAAGCGGAGCUUGAUGCAGUACGCCAUAAAGGAAAAGAAACCAAAACCGCGAUAGAUCGUAAAGCGAAAAGCAUCCAAUCGGACAAGAAGGAGCUGGAAAAGAAGCAAAACGAAUUGAAAAAGCUUGAAGCAGGAAGUGGCGGUGAAGAAAGGCGUGGUAAAGAAGCGGAAGAAGCCGUGAAACGUGCUCGGAAUAAGAUAGAAGCAUUGGCAAAAGGAAUGACUACUGAUGAGGAGGGCCAUGCUGUCACCCUAGAUGCUCAGCUAACAGGUCAGUGUUUUCGGUUUUAUUACCGCUUAUGGUUUUAUUUUUGGUAUUUUCUUCAUUAGAA